CCCUUCAUCAAGCACCGGUGCUUCUUGUCCUCAGGCAUCAGCAGAUAGCUCAGGCAGAUUCUGAGCAGCAAACCAGCCUUUGCAGGUCAGCUGGGCAGCACUCUGCUGACAACGAGGAGGUCUACGCACAUUGUAAUCUUUUUGUGAUGAAGGGUAUGAAUAAGGAAAAAGCAAAGAAAAUACACUUUCUCUGUCACAACAAACUACUACGGCUGCCAAUUGUGGUGUGCAGGUGCUGAAUACCAAGUCAGUUGCCGGGAAGCAAAGCAAAGGAACCAGGUGAUGCUUCCACCGGGGUUAUGCUUCCAUAUAUAGGUCUCUUUCACCUUUGUUUGAGUCAGAGGAGGAAGGUUUCUGAAGAGCACAGUAGCCUGAACUACAGCCAUUCAGAAGAGCUGAGAAGCACACAGUAACCAUGAGUGAGACCACGAAGAACUCCUUGGAGAACAGCCUAUGGCGACUGAAAUGCCAUUUCACCUGGAACUUAUUAGAGGGAGAAAAUUCCUUGGAUGAUUUUGAAGAUAGAGUGUGUAACCAGACCGUGUUUCAGAGCAGCAGAUUCAAAGCCACCAUGUACAACUUGUUGGCCUACAUAAAACACCACAGAGGCCAAAACGAGGCAGCCCUGGAAUGCUUACGGCAAGCUGAAGCCGUAAUCCAGCGAAAGCACGCUGACCAAGCAGAAAUCCGAAGUGUGGUCACCUGGGGAAACUACGCCUGGGUCUACUAUCACAUGGGCAGACUCUCAGAAGCUCAGGUUUAUGUAGACAAGGUGAAACACGUGUGUGAGAAGUUUUCCAGCCCUUAUAGAAUUGAGAGUCCUGAGAUAGAUUGUGAGGAAGGGUGGGCACAACUGAAGUGUGGAAGAAAGAACACUGAAAGGGCGAAGGUGUGUUUUGAGAAGUGUCUGGAGAAGAACCCGAAGAACCCAGAAUUCAUUUCGGGACUGGCGAUCUCAAGCUACCGUCUGGAUAAACGGCCACCACCUCAGAAUCCCAUUGAUGUCCUGCAGCAAGCCAUUCAGCUGAAUCCUGACGAUCCUGACAACCAGUAUGUUAAAGUGCUCCUGGCUCUGAAGCUGCAGAAGAUGAACGAGGAAGGUGAAGGACAGAGGUUAGUCGAAGAAGCUGUGGAGAAAGCCCCGCAUGCCACCGAUGUACUUCGUGCUGCCGCAAUGCUGUAUCGAAGACAGAAUGACCCGGACAAAGCAAUAGACCUGUUUAAAAAGGUUCUAGAAUACAUGCCAAACAAUGCCUACCUGCAUUGCCAAAUUGGGACAAGUUAUAGGGCAAAAGUCCAUGAGUAUCAGAAUGCAGGAGAGAAUGGGAAAAGAGAGGAGUUGCAGGAACUAAUAGGACAAGCUAUAAGUCAUUUAAAGAGAGCUGAUGAGCUCAAUGGAAAUCUCAUCCACAUCUGCUCCCAUCUGGCCUGCCUCUAUGCACAGGUAGGUCAGUAUGAAGAAGCAGAAUAUUACUUCCAAAAAGAAUUAAGCAAAGAGCUUUCGCCUGUAGACAAACAAGUGCUCCAUCUGCGAUAUGGCAACUUUCAGUUGUAUCAGAUGAAGUGUGACAACAAGGCCAUCCACCAUUUUAUGGAGGGUGUGAAAAUAAACCAGGAGUCAAAGGAGUCAGAAAAAAUGAAAAACAGACUGCAUAAAAUUGCCAAAACCAGGCUUUCUAAAAAUGGAGCAGAUCCUGAGGCUUUGCAUGUCUUGGCAUUUCUUGAGGAGCUGAAUGGGAAAAGGCAGCCUGCAGAAGAAACCUCCGAGAGGGGUUUGGACUCUGGAUACCUUGUCCCUUCAGCAUCUUUAACUGAGGAAUGAGGAAUCGGGAUAUGGUGCCCAUAGUGUUACUGCUGGAAGAGAGCUGAAACCCCUCUACCAAGUUGGUAUCCAAAAUAUUUAACAACUGCUAUGGCAUAGGCAUGGACUAAGAUACUGGUCCACAGUACUGGAUCAGGAGUAUGGGAGAACUCUUUGGGGCCAAGAGUUAACACUUGAAUUGCUCAGGGAGUUCUGGGAGAGGGACUAGAUUGGGGGAUAGGCCCCAUGUCUUGGAAAAAGGGGCUAUUUCCCAACUGACCUCUCAGGAGCAGUACACUCUGUGACUUCUCUUAGUCAUCCUCCAUGGAGUGGUUUGUUUCUAUGUUUGCAUAAAGCAGAUUCCUCACAUCUGUAACAUGAUGGUCCAUUUUUGCUGUGUUUUUUCGUCCUUGGAGUCAUUUGAGAUCCUAUACAGGAAUGUGCUAUGUCCAUCCAAAGGCUGGACAACCAAAGCUUAGAUAGGGUUGUCUGUCCUCUCUUUCUCACUCUGCCUCCUCUUUCCCCCACUACAGAUAAUCCUCAAUCUAGACUGUCCCACACAACAGGAGUUCAAUUGUCCCAUUAACUGACGUAGGAACAUAGGUUGAAAAAAAGGGAAAUAUCUCGGACAAGAAAUGGAGUCAGGCAAUCAAUCACAGUACAAGAGUUUUAGGAGGCACGUGGGGAGAAUUUGGCUCCACGCUGCUUUCCCUGUAAUCGUAAUACACGUGAAGAAUUAAAAAGGGGGAGUGGGCGGGGAUGCUGUACAAUAUGCUAGAAACGAAAAGAAUACAUUUCUUUAAAGCUUGUGUGGAAAAAUGAAUGUCUCACCAGUAGGCAUAGGAACAGAAUAGUAGUAGGCAAAAGAGAGAGAGGAAUGCUGGUUUGUCAUUGUAGAUUAUAAUCAUAUGGAGAAAUUUUCACUGUCUUAGCCUCUGUCAGGAAAAUUUCUUUACAGAAAGAAAAUUUACUUUGU